UUAUCGCUUUCAUCGUCGGAAGAAAAACCUUUCAACGAUGACAGACAUGGAGAUUAGGGAAGACUACAAAUUCCUGAGAGUCGCUGACGCUUUCAAGGCAUUGCAUCUCAAUAUCAGCCUCAUCGGAGUCAUCGUCGAGUUAGGUUUCCCCACCGCCUCCGAUUGUUCAUGUACGUUGAAAAUCAUCGAUCCAUGGCACUCGGGAUCUGGCCUUCCUGUAAAGUUCAUCGCUCGUAGCAAUCGAUCGCUUCCUCGAGUUGAAUCGAUUGGGGAUAUAAUCUUCCUCUCACGUGUGAAGAUUGUGAUUGUUAAUGGGAAGAUAACUGCUCUUUGUAAUGAGACAUCUUCUUCGUUUGCUUUAUUCAACGGGAAGCAUGGAGAGGAUUUUGUAGCGUAUCAGUCUUCACCUAAGUUUCAGAUGAGAGAUCAGGAUAAGAGAUUUUUAUCAAGUCUUAGAGAAUGGAUGAUAACUUAUAAGUUUGACGAUGGGUCAUGUUGUUUCACAUCCCUGAAAGAUAUCAAAGAAGGGGAAUACUUAAACCUUAGUUGCCAGAUUGUUCACAUUUCCAAGGACGAUAAAGAUAGGUGUUACAUCUUCGUUUGGGAUGGAACUGAGAUGCCGCCGUGCAGUUUCUUGGUAAAGUCAGGAAGGCUUCCUUUAUGUGUUGAACCAGAAAUGCUGCCUACUCAUGUGCUACGCAAGUUUCCUACUUUUGGUUCAGUCCUGAGGAUCAUAGUAGAGAAUGUUACUGAGAAGCAGGCCAUUCAGUGUCUUCAACCUGGUCAACCCGUAAAGUUUCUGAACCUGUUCUUCCAAGUAAAUAUGGGAUUAUGGAGCGCCACAUUUAGUCCCUCUACGAAGAUGCAGUACACAAUGAGCAGAGAAAUGCAAUCCUUUUCACCUCGAAGAGAAAAGUUCUCUUCGACAUGGAACCCCAUCACACGCUGUAUUAGUAGCCCUUCUCACUCAGGAAUCACAGGGGUUGCCCAUGAGGACGCUCCUUUUGUUACUCUGAUGGACAUCCUGACCUAUAGCAAUGUGACUGCUAAAUUCAAGUGUGUUGUUCGGUUCAUACAAGUGUUUCCUAGAGAUGUCAGAAAGUUCCACGAUUUGAAAGGAAAAUUCAAACUGCUAGCAAUACUAGAAGAUGCAACCGCCAGAAUCCAAGCUUCUCUAUAUGCUGAUGAAGGGGAUAAGUUUUUCGGGUGUGACCCAUCCGAUGAAGAGGCUCUGAUCAAGAAGCUGAAUAGAUUGUUGGGAGGUGAUGGGAUGAACGAAGCUCCAAGAAAUCCUCCAUGGGUGCAGUGUUGCUUGUUCUCUUACUACAGAAACAAGAAUGAUCAAUGGGGAAGCAGAAGAUUCCGGAUUUAUGAUACGUGGAUCAGUGACAGCCAUGACAUAAAUUAUUGUUAACACUAAUUCAAUUUGCAAGUGUAGGUGUUUAAGCACGAUUAGUUUUAGUAAACUGAUCAGUGAUGGAAGUAGUCACUAGUUGUUGAAUGAAUGAGUGAGUCUUGAUUAAAUCUAAUU